UGGUCGCCAGAAUCACUUCCGGCACUGCAAUGGCGGCACAGGGAGCAACAGCCGCUGUUGCUGCAACAACUUCAGGAAUUGUAGGGGAGGGAGAGCCCGGUCCGGGGGAAAAUACAUCGGUCGAGGGGCCUGCCCGAUCCCCGGGCCGGGUCUCUCCGCCGACUCCGGCGCGUGGCGAACCAGAAGUCACCGUGGAGAUCGGAGAAACGUACCUGUGCCGGCGGCCCGACAGCACCUGGCAUUCAGCAGAAGUGAUCCAGUCUCGAGUGAAUGACCAAGAGGGCCGAGAAGAAUUCUAUGUUCAUUAUGUAGGCUUUAACAGGCGACUGGACGAAUGGGUGGACAAGAACCGUCUUGCUCUGACUAAGACAGUGAAGGAUGCCGUGCAGAAGAACUCUGAGAAGUACCUGAGUGAGCUGGCGGAGCAGCCUGAGCGCAAGAUCACUCGAAACCAAAAACGAAAGCAUGAUGAGAUCAACCAUGUACAGAAGACCUAUGCAGAGAUGGACCCCACCACAGCAGCCUUGGAAAAGGAGCAUGAGGCGAUCACCAAAGUGAAGUAUGUAGACAAGAUCCACAUUGGCAACUACGAAAUUGAUGCCUGGUAUUUCUCACCUUUCCCGGAGGACUAUGGGAAGCAGCCCAAGCUUUGGCUCUGCGAGUACUGCCUCAAGUACAUGAAGUUCGAGAAGAGCUACCGCUUCCACCUGGGCCAGUGCCAGUGGCGGCAGCCCCCAGGGAAGGAGAUCUCGAAGAGCAACAUCUCUGUGUAUGAAGUGGAUGGCAAAGACCAUAAGAUAUAUUGUCAGAACCUGUGUUUGCUGGCCAAGCUUUUCCUGGACCACAAGACCUUGUAUUUUGAUGUGGAGCCCUUUGUCUUUUACAUUUUGACAGAAGUAGAUAGGCAAGGGGCUCACAUCGUUGGCUACUUUUCUAAGGAGAAGGAAUCCCCCGAUGGAAACAACGUGGCCUGCAUCCUGACCCUGCCUCCCUACCAGCGGCGUGGCUAUGGGAAGUUUCUCAUUGCCUUCAGUUAUGAGCUUUCUAAGCUUGAGAGUACUGUAGGCUCCCCAGAGAAGCCACUGAGUGACCUGGGCAAACUCAGUUACAGAAGCUACUGGUCAUGGGUCUUGCUGGAGAUCCUUCGAGACUUCCGGGGCACCUUGUCUAUCAAAGAUCUUAGCCAGAUGACCAGCAUCACCCAGAAUGACAUCAUCAGCACCCUGCAGUCCCUCAACAUGGUCAAGUACUGGAAGGGCCAGCAUGUGAUCUGCGUCACACCUAAGCUAGUAGAAGAACAUCUCAAAAGUGCCCAGUAUAAGAAGCCACCUAUCACAGUGGACUCUGUCUGCCUCAAGUGGGCACCCCCGAAGCACAAACAAGUCAAGCUCUCCAAGAAGUGAAUGGCCUGUGCCCUUCUUUGGAUCUGUGUUUCCUGGCCUCUAACCUGUAAAUAUGUGUACAGACCUGUUUCGUGUCAUUUAUUAAUAAAGCAAAUUCUGCUGGUGUGCUGGA